CGGGCGGGCCGGGUUGUUUGUGACGGCGUCACCGGCGGCUGCGGCCGCAGCCCCUCGUCCGUGCCGGGCCCCGCGAGGGCCGCGCUCAGUGUGCUUUGAAAAUGUCUGAAAAUUCCAGUGACAGUGAUUCGUCUUGCGGCUGGACUGUCAUCAAUCACGAGGGUUCUGACAUAGAGACAGUGACCUCGGAAAAUGGAAGCACAAAUGACAACCCUGAGUUUGUUUCAGAAGAAUAUGUUUCCUUGCAAGAAGAGGAGCAGGCAAUUGAUGUGCAAGCUCAGUGCAACAAUGAUGAAGAGAUCCCAGCAGUAGAUAAUACUCUGUCUGGUUUUGAGGAGACUCAGACAGUUCCAGAGGAAAAUAAAGAAAAAGUUCCUGAUGAUGGCUCCUGCAUUGGAACUAUUAGUGAUGAUUCUGACAUUGUUACACUUGAAGCUCCAAAACCAGAAGAAGCUCAGAGUCAGGAGGAAGCUCCUGCUGAUGGUGAAGAAGCUCAGAGUUCAGAGGAUUUUAACAUGGGUUCCUCCUCUAGCAGUCAGUAUGCGUUUUCCCAUGUAGAAACUGUCAGUUGGCUGGAGAAGCUGUGGAAGAUUCCUGAUUGUGUAAGGGGAUGGGGAAAUGAGGUGAAAGAGCAUGUAUCUCGCAGUCUUCCUUUUCAAGUGUUCUCCUCGCAGGCCAGCCCCGAGGAGUCGAGCAGCGAUGAGAGCAGCAGCCAGGGCAGCCCGGCCGUGCGCAAGCGGCGCCCGCGGCGCCGGGGGGUGUCGGGCUCCGAGCCCGAGGGGGCGGCAGCGGCACCGGCCGAGCCCCAGGCGGAGCCGGCCCGGGACGAGCAGCAGCCGCAGCGGCAGUUCGGCAGCGGCCUCAACAGGUGCAUCGUCCUGGCGCUGGUGAUCGCCAUCAGCAUGGGCUUCGGACACUUCUACGGUAAACCUGAAGGUACAGUGCAGAUCCAGAAACGGCAGCAGCUGGUGACAAAGACACGUGAAUUAAAGGAUCUGAAAGAUGACCUUUACCAGUGCCAACAAGAGCAAGGAGAUCAAGUGCACCACAAAGGGGGGUCACUCAAGGGAGAUCUUGACACGUGUUUGACCUUUACUGAGGUGGAGAAGAAAUCCUUUGAUUCUCAAAAAAAAAGUCUUGCAGCAGAAAAUCAGCACCUAAGAGAAUCUCUAGAGAAAGAAGAAAAAGCUUUGGCCUCACUUCAGGAAGAAUUAAGGAAGCUAAGACAACAAAUUAGAAACUUAGAAGAUAAAGGUAGUAGCACUGAAUCUAUUGUAAUAGAAAAUCAGAAACUAAGGGAGCAUUUGGAAGAGGAAAAGCAAAGGAACAGCAAUUUUCUCAGGCAAAAGGAAACACUCUUUGCAGAGGCACAGAUGCUAAGGCGAGAACUGGACAAGGAACGUCAUGUUACAGAAGCUCUGAAGAAAGAACUGGAACAGUUAAGUUCUCGUCAAACACCUGAGAGUGCUGAUGAUGAUGAUGAUGAGACUUUAAGAGAAAAUCAAGAAAUAGAAACUCUGAGAGGAAGACUGGCAGAACUGGAAAAGAAGCUGAACUUUGAGCAACAACGCUCUGACUUAUGGGAGAAGCUGUAUGUUGAAGCAAAAGACCAAUCUGAAAAACAAGAAAUUUAUGAAAGUGGACAGAAGAAAGGUGCUAAAGGGCAAAGCAAGAGUAGAAAGAAAUCAAAGGAGACAUUUUUUGGUUCAGUGAAAGAAACUUUUGAUGCUAUGAAAAAUUCCACAAAAGAGUUUGUAAGACACCAUAAAGAAAAGAUUAAGCAGGCUAAAGAAGCAGUGAAAGAAAACUUGAAAAAAUUCUCUGAUUCUGUAAAGUCUACAUUCAGACACUUCAAAGAUACCACAAAAAACAUCUUUGAUGAAAAAGAGAAGUCAUCAAGUGACAAAAGAUAUGAGGCAAACAAGAAAGCUCGAACUUUUUACCGAGACCAUAACUCCUACGAGAAUCUGAAGCACAUGCAUUACAGGGGACCUCACAUGCCCAAAGAAUCCAGAAGUGGAAGGAAACAUCAUUUUACAACAUAUGAAAAAGAUUCAGAUUCCCAGAAAUGUCUCAAUGAUCAUUUGUGUAAUAGAAAACAUCAGUUUACCCUAAAGGGCUGCUCUGGUAUUUUUGAAUGUGCUCAUCAAGAAUUCCUUAGUCUCUUUAACAGAGUUUCGGAUCCCAUCAGGGUGGAUGAAUUUAACCGGCUAAUGAGAAAGUAUUUGCAGCAAGUUGUGCAUAACUUUCAUCACUGGAGAGAGCUAGAAAAUUUCAUCAAUAAGUUUUUUCAUAAUGGAUUGUUUAUACAUGACCAGAUGCUGUUCACUGAUUUUGUUAAUGAUGUCAAGGAUUACCUGGAAGAUAUGAAGGAAUACCAAAGUAAUAAUGAGAAGGUUUUUGAGGAUUUGGACAAAUACGUCUACAGAUACUACUUCCAUUAUGAUAAUUCACCCCAGUAUGGACCCAGUCGACCUAAAAGACCUUUUACACAAACUGAAAAUUCCAGACAUGAAAAACAAGCUCAGAAGUACCAACACCGUAAUAAAAGAGAAGGUAAAUGGCAUAAACAUGGUCGCACUAAUGGAAGACACAUGGCAAAUCUUGAAAUAGAAUUGGGGCAACUACCCUUCGAUCCAAAAUACUGAGUAAUUUAUUGUAAAAAUUAAGAUUAAAAUUCACAUGCUCUCUGGAAACUAAUUGUUUUUCAAAAAAGCAGCAAAAUGCAAAUUUUUUUUCUGAAUAAUUUGAUUUUUACACAUUUUUGUUAACAGGCAGAAGUCAGGCUUUCUGAUUUGCAUAUUCUGUACCGUUGCUUUAACUGUUCUUUGGAAGUAAAGAUUGUUUGGGUGCCAGCAGUAUUGUUGCAGAAACUAGGCAUGCCAUGACCUGUGUAUGAAAAAAAUGCUUAAUUGCAUUCCAUUAGUGUAGUUAAAGCUUGAGCCAUGCAUAAUGUACCAACUACUAACUCCAAUGUUUGAUAUACUAACUUCAUCUCAUCCUUCAAAACAUAGAUCAACAUUGUGGUAAUGUAUUUGUUAGUGUUCUGUAACCUUAUAUUUGCUUCCUGUCUUUGGGGGGGUUCAAGAGCCUGUUGAAUUGUGAAGAAUUUGCUGUGCUGCAUUCUAAUCAGCGUGCUGAUUUAAACACUUGAAAUGUCUUGCAUAUCUGCAUAUUGUAGAAGAAAAAUAAAAGAGACAUUGUGGGUAUAA